AUUUUAAACCUCGUCGCAAACCAGCCCCUUUGUCUUCAAAAUGAUGAAUCUCACAAGUACAUGUAUCAGCCGUUGUACCUAUUCUUCAUCGUGACCAAAGACCCCGCCUCGCAAGGCGGUCAGCCCCGUUCUGCCACGGUGAUACCCUUGCGACUAGAGACAACCCCAGCUCGCAGGGCAACACAAGACAGUAACAACGAAUACUGCAUCACAGAGAGCGACGACGACAAGCAACUACACGGCGCAUGAGCUUUACAUGAUAUGCUUUGAUUCUGGGGACACCAUAUUUGCACACGAUGUCGACCACCUUCAACACACACGAUGGACAGAGGGUGGGUCGCAGGGCGAAUGUAUUCCAACCACCACGAACUUCCUCAGCUUCGUCUUCGGUUCACCUUGCGCAACCAGCAACCUCGAUAAUGAUGGAAAAACACAAACCUCUCAUAGUGACGAAGAAAAGAAGUCGUCAUGAUUCAACAGCGAGUAAUAAAGCCACGCCGAUUUCCCAAACCAUGGACUGGUCCAACGGCUACCCAACCGGUGACUCUAUCGCAAUGUCUGGAAGCUUGGAUCCAGGGUCGCCGCUACCCUUUGUCAACACGCGCUAUCAAAUAGCUGGUGGUUUGGAUACGCCGUCGGCAGCAGCGGCCCACUACUUUGAAGAGAGCGAGUUCUCAGAUACUGGCUAUCGCAGGAACCUUCCCAGUGGCUCUGCCAAACCUCACUUCGAGACAGAAUACCACAGUUUUGCACGGCUGCCAUCUUCUGCGAGUAUGGAGACCAACGGAGAGGCGCGCGUGCCAUCCCUGCAACAAAGCACCAGUGGGGGCUGGAGCAAGACAGCGUUGGACGUCGUUGGGGGUGUCGUCGGCCGUGUGUGGCAGUUCUGCAAGGCUGGGGCAUUCAGCGGAUUCACGGCGGGUGGAGGACAACAAUAUCAGCUCGACCCCUAUCACACUAUCGAGACAGAACUAGACAACCAGAAUGACAGCGAGUUUUGGGAGUCGGAAAUAAGUCGGAAAGCGACGUUGUUCAACGACACGAGCGGCCGCUCAUCAACCCCCGUCCCGGGGCAAUAUCCGGAUGAGAGUAUCUGUAUCGUGGACCCUAUGGAUCGCGGAACACCUGAAGGCACUCCGGCGCGCGCGACGAAGCGGAGACAGAUUGAUGCUGGCAGUAGUGAUGCUGGCCUUGGAAAGAAUUGGGUUGUGGUCCCCAGUACCCCAGCUACUGCAACACCCAAGCCAGCAGGCAGGUACAGUAUGCCCACGUCCUCAAGCGUAAGCCGUCGGCAACCAAACGGCACACCAUCAACAGCCAGUCGGCCAUCAGCAAGACCAGGCCAUAGACGUCCUUUACUGCACACCCGCGCCUCUGCGGUAUCUCAUGCUGGCUCUCCAGGUCUGCGCUCUUCCGGACCGGCGUCUUUCGCUUCCCCACGUUCGCCCGGCGGCUCAAAGAUCCCAGUUCCCAUUUCGUCAAACUCCCAAAGCGCCGUUGCCGCGAGCCCUGCAGCUAUCCAAGCACAGAAAUGGGCGGCCAAGAAACGCAAGGAAGAUCUUGAAGCAGACAAAAGUAUGAGCAAGCUCAAUGCGCAGCUUCAGGCAAUGAUCCGCGAGGGGAAAGAGGCGCUCGGUACUACAUUUGAGGUUAAGGAUGUCGACGAGGUUGGGAUGGGGGAUACCGAUAUGGAUGAGGGGUUUGAGGAACCGGUUUCGUCGCCGUCCAAAGGACGCUGGCGGUGAACAGUAGCGGGGGAAUUUGGUUGAACACAACGAUAUGAACGAUGCGUAUGAUACCCUUGGAGGAAGAGCGAUUCGUGAGCGACUGCCGAACGAAUAUAUAUGGCCGAGCGACUGUACGACAUGGCUAUUACCAACACUAUCAACGGCAAGCACUUCGUUUUUUUGCUUUAUACCCCGCACCGAUCAGCUAUAUCCAGGCGAUGCAUUUUGAAUGGAGCAUAACAAGCUGCGCCGGCAUAUUUCCUCCAUAGGAACUGCCCAUCGUGAUCGGAUUUAAACUGUACUUGUAUGCAUGGAAACGGAAGCGUCUUUGUUUUUUUGUAUGCUUGGUGCGUUUGGAGGCGUUUUUGUCGCAUUGGAUUUCGGAAUUUGUGCGCAAGGAGUCUCAGUGUGCAUAUGCAGAUACCCUGGGAGCUUCUUUCAUGGAUGACCUCUGGUGGGGACGGGUGA